CGAAGGCACGAUUUGUUAGGGUUGGUGGCUGUCUGUGGUCUAACGUAGGCAGCGUAUGACCAAUAGAGUAGCAAAGUGUCACGACGCCACUUCCGGACCGAUAGUUUUGCGGGAAGUUUGUUCGUCAUAACCUUUUAGCAUUCGACAAGAAAAGAUGCCUCCCAAAUCGAAGGCGGCAGCAAAAGGAAAAGCUCCGGCUAAGAGAAAACUGGCAGAGGAGUUCCCUCCUGGAGAGGUUUUGACUGACACUGGGAAGAAGGCCUGGAAACUGGGGGCUCCGAUUGGCCAGGGAGGCUUUGGUCUUAUAUAUUUGGCUGAUGAGAAUUCUGCAAAACCUGUAGGUGCUAAUGCACGCUACGUCAUCAAAGUGGAGCCCAGUGACAACGGACCACUGUUCUCUGAGCUCAAGUUUUACAUGCGAGCUGCGAAACCUGAACUGAUUCAGAACUGGAUGAAGUCUCACAAGUUGAAAAAUCUUGGUGUUCCUAAUUACUGGGGCUCAGGUCUUCAUGAAAAAGGAGGACAAAGGUACAGGUUCAUGGUUAUUGACAGACUUGGCACCGACCUGCAGAAGAAGUUUGAAGAAUGUGGAAAGAGAUUUCCCAGAAAACUGGUUCUUCAGCUUGGCCUUCGCCUGCUGGACAUUCUGGAGUACAUCCAUGACCAUGAGUAUGUGCAUGCCGACAUCAAAGCAUCAAAUCUCAUGUUGAGUCACAGUGAUCCCAAUCAGGUUUAUUUAGUAGAUUAUGGGCUGGCAUAUAGGUUCUCACCUGAUGGUGUCCUCAAAGACUACAAGGAAGACCCCAAAAAAUGUCACGACGGUACCAUCGAGUUCACAAGCAUUGACGCCCACAAAGGAGCAUCUCCAUGCAGAAGAAGUGAUUUGGAGAUACUGGGCUACUGCAUGGUUCAGUGGCUUUGUGGUCGGCUGCCAUGGGAGGACAAGCUGCAGGACCCCAUUUAUGUCAGAGACUCCAAAGUCAGAUGUCAAGAAAGCAUCUCCCAGUUUAUGACCAUGUGCUUCUCCUCUCAAGACAAGCCAGAUGAAAUUCAGAAGUUCAUGGAGGAGGUGAAAUCUCUGGGCUACCAAGACAAACCACCCUAUGCCAAGUUGCGCUCCAUCCUACAGUCUGGACUUAAGGCCAUCCAGGCUAAAGAUGACGGCAAGCUGAAGUUCACACCUGCUGUUGGGGCUGUAUCAGACGCUGCAUCAGCUGCUGCAAAGAAAGUGCAAAAGAGAAAAAAAGCAGCAGAUGAAGAGACUGAGACUGAUGGAACUCCUGAAAAGAAAUCACGCGUCUCAAAGAAAAAAGAAGUAAAUGGGUUGAAGAAGAGUCCGAAAAAAGCUGCUAAACCAAGAAAAGCGGCCAGCAGUGCCACACAAGGUGACCCCAGAUCCAGACUGGUAGAGAUGGGCACUCAGACGUCACCUGGACUCGCCCAGAAACCCAGAGGCAGACCCAAGAAAACCAAACCCUGAACCCUGAACUCUGCACUCAUCACUUGCUUUCUCUGCCACUUACUUUUAAGUUUUACCUUGUGUGAGCCUCUGCCUGUUACGCCCCAAUCGAUAUUCAUGUUUAAAUGUAUUUGAUGAAGUCAGAUCCACUGUAAUAAACUAUAUUGUCUA